CAUUCCGAUUCCGUCUCAACGCGCAGAGAGAGAGAGAGAGAGAGAGAGAGAGAGAAUGGCUCGAUCCAUGGUCACGAUGACCAACGCCGCCACCGCAUCCCCGAGCGUCACGGCCACCGUCACCGUCACCGUCGAGGACCGCGCUCCGCCUCCCGCUUCUUCCUCCUCCUCCCAAAGCGGCAACACCGCCCUGGUCCUGCGGCUCAAGCGGGUGAACGACAAGAAGAAGAAGGUGACCUGGAAGGAAGGCACCGUCGACAACGAGUUCCUGCAGAAGAAGAGCUCCAAGAAGUGCUGCAUCUUCCACAAGGAGAAGUCCUUCGACGAGGACUGCAGCAGCGACGAGGACGGCGACGCCCCGGAUCACCCGCACCGCCACCCCCACCCCCAUCACGGCGAUGAGCAUCGCUGCGACGGGGGCGCUUCUUGCUCUAACGACGGGGGCAAUUGAAGGUGGCGGUUCGUUUUGGAUUGGUGUCGCGCGGCUUUCCGAGAUCCAGCCGGUGUAUCUGUGCUGCGUAUUCCCCCUCCCCGCCCCCUAAUGUAGCUGAACUUUUUUUUUUUUUUAGGUUUCUUUUUUUCUUUUUCUUUUUGGUUUGCUUGUUUUGGAGGGAGUUGCGUCAUUGACAUUUCUGCUAAUUUCUCUGGCUACGAUGUAAUUGACUGGAUCGCUGGAUGUUGAAUUGAAAUACAUACAGAGUUUUGGAUGAA